UGGAUCAUCAGACUUGCGGUCAGUUCGGGACAUGUGACCAUAAUAUAGAGGAUCUGCCCCGACAAGUAUUCACCUCAUCAUCCGAGAGCAAGAAGAUAAAUCAUGUGCAGGAAUAUCCCCUCAAAUGUCUCCAUAUAACAUCCUGGAAUUGUAUAGAAUUAAAUGUUUAUUCACAAUACAGGUUCCUAUAAGGUGUCAGGACGUGGCGGUCUAUUUCUCCAUGGAGGAGUGGGAGUAUGUAGAAGGACACAAGGAUCAGGUCAUGAUGGAGGAUCAGCAGCCCCUCACAUCACCAGAUCCAGUAAGAGAACCGCACCAGAGAGGUGUCCCCGUCCUCUUGAUGAGCAGAAUAUGGAGGAUAUUAUUACAGGGAAAGAUCUGAGCUAUAUUAAUGCUACAGACAUAAAGGAAGAAGAAGAGACAGAUGUGAGCAGUGAUGAGCAGUAUAAGGAGGACAUUUCUACACGGAAAUAUCUGAUCUAUAAUAAUGCUACAGACAUAAAGGAAGAAGAAGACACAGAUGUGAGCUGUGAUGAGCAGUAUAAGGAGGACAUUCCUAAAGGGAAAGAUCUGAUCUAUAUUAAUACUACAGACAUAAAGAAAGAAGUAGAAGAGACAGAUGUGAGCGGUAAUGAGCAGUAUAAGGAGGACAUUCCUACAGGGAAAGAUCUGAUCUAUAAUGAUGCUAUAGACAUAAAGGAUGAAGAGACAGAUGUGAGCAGUGAUGAGCAUUUUAAGGGGGCCAUUUCUACAGAGAAACAUCUUAUCUAUAUUAAUGCUACAGACAUAAAGGAAGAAGAAGAGACAGAUGUGAGCAGUGAUGAGCAGUAUAUGGAGGACAUUUCUACAGGGAAAUAUCUGAUCUAUAAUAAUGCUACAGACAUAAAGGAAGAAGAAGUGACAGAUGUGAGCAGUAAUGAGCAGUAUAAGGAGGACAUUCCUACAGGGAAAGAUCUGAUCUAUAUUAAUGCUCCAGAUAUAAUAGUAAAAGCAGAAGAUACAGAUGUGAGCGGUGAUGAGAAGUUUAAGGAGGACAUUUCUACAGGUAACCACCCAGAUUCUUGUAGCAGGAGAUCAGAGGAGAAUCUUAUAUCUUCAGAUUAUAAAGCAGAUGAUGAUAUCACACAAGAUACAUAUGAAGAACAUUCCAUUAUCCCAGAUACACCCUCAGCCCUUCACAGCCAAGAUCUGUCAUCUCAUCCUUAUAUACAGGUCCUGUCUUCUCAUUCAUCACAGAAAGGUCACAGAAGGGGUGUUGGACAUCAAAGAGAUUGUGCAGGGGAGAAGCAAUAUUCAUGUUCAGAAUGUGGGAAGUGUUUUAAUAGCAAAUCACAACUUAUUCAACAUAAUAUAACUCACACAGGAGAGAAGCCAUAUUCUUGUUCAGAAUGUGGGAAAUGUUAUACUCAUCAGCCAAGUCUUAUUAGACAUCAAAGAACUCACACAGGGGAAAAGCCAUUUUCAUGUUCAGAAUGUGGGAAAUGUUUUACUUUUAAAUCAGGUCUUGUUGUACAUCAACAAACUCACACAGGAGAGAAGCCAUAUUCAUGUUCAGAAUGUGGGAAAUGUUAUACUCAUCAGCCAAGUCUUAUUAGACAUCAAAGAACUCACACAGAGGAAAAGCCAUUUUCAUGCUCAGAAUGUGGGAAAUGUUUUAUUUUUAAAUCAGGUCUUGUUGUACAUCAAAGAACUCACACAGGAGAGGAGCCAUUUCCAUGUUCAGAAUGUGGGAAAUGUUUUACUCAGAAAUUAGACCUUGAUGUACAUCAAAGAACUCACACAGGAAAGAAGCCAUUUUCAUGUUCAGAAUGUGGGAAAUGUUUUGCUCAGAAAUCCUAUCUUGUUGUACAUCAAAGAACUCACACAGGGGAAAUGCCAUUUUCAUGUUCAAUAUGUGGGAAAUGUUUUACAUUUAAAUCAGGUCUUGUUAAACAUCAACGAACUCACACAGGAGAGAAGCAAUUUACAUGCUCAGAAUGUGGGAAAUGUUUUGCUCAGAAAUCAGAUCUUGUUAAACAUCAAAGAACUCACACAGGAGAGAAGCCAUUUCCAUGUUCAGAAUGUUGGAAAUGUUUUACUCAGAAAUCAGACCUUGUUGUACAUCAAAGAACUCACACAGGGGAGAAGCCAUUUUCAUGUUCAGAAUGUAGAAAAUGCUUUACUCAGCAAUCACAUCUUAUUCAACAUCAAAGAACUCAUACAGGAAAGAAACCAUUUUCAUGUUCAGAAUGUGGGAAAUGUUUUAUUAAGAAAUCAAGUCUUGUUAAACAUCAGAGAACUCACACAGGAGAGAAGCCAUUUUCAUGUUCAGAAUGUGAGAAAUGUUUUACUUCUAAAUCAGAUCUUGUUGUGCAUCAGAGAACUCACACAGGGGAGAAGCCAUUUGCAUGUUCACAAUGCGGAAAAUGUUUCACUCAGAAAUCGCAUCUUGUUAGACAUCAAAGAACUCACACAGGGGAGAAGCCAUUUGCCUGUUCAGAAUGUGGAAAAUGUUUCACUCAGAAAUCGCAUCUUGUUGGACAUCAAAUAACUCACACAGGAGAGAAGACCUUUUCAUGUUCAGAAUGUGGAAAAUAUUUUACUUCUAAAAUGUGGCUUGUUGAACAUCAGAAAACUCACACAGGAGAGAAGCUAUUUCCAUGUUCAGAAUGUGGGAAAUGUUUUACUAAGAAAUCAAAUCUUGUUGAACAUCAAAGAACUCACACAGGAGAGAAGCCAUUUUCAUGUUUAGAAUGUGGGAAAUGUUUUAAUUCUAAAUCAGGUCUUGUUGUGCAUCGAAGAACUCACACAGGGGAGAGGCCAUUUACAUGUUCAGAAUGUGGGAAAUGUUUUACUAAGAAAUCAAAUCUUGUUGAACAUCAAAGAACUCACACAGGAGAGAAGCCAUUUUCAUGUAUAGAAUGUGGGAAAUGUUUUAAUUCUAAAUCAGAUCUUGUUGUGCAUCGGAGAACUCACACAGGGGAGAGGCCGUUUCCAUGUUCAGAAUGUGGGAAAUGUUUUACUCGGAAAGCACAUCUUGUUAUACACCUACAGAACUGUUAUACAAAAUGCAAAUAGAAUCCAAAUAACACAUCUGUGUAUACGUCACCAGGUACUAGAAUAUUAUACAUUAAACCUUUUUACAAAUGUAUAAUAAAAAUGUACUUUUCAAACAAAGAGGGGGAGAUUCUCAAAAACUACUGUAAUUUCUGUUCCAGCGAUAUUAUUCACACUGUUUUCUACUCACAUUUUCAAAAUGCUUUGGAAAUACAGUGACCCCCCCGACUUAUGAUGGUCCCGACCUAUGAUCAUUUCAACAUAUGAUAGACUCUCAGAGCCCAUCGUAUGUUGAAGGCAGCAUCGACAUAUGAUGCUGCUGUGUGUCGGGGCCAUCAUACAAACAGAUAUCUGACAGCGCUGACAACUUCAGCAACUGACAGUUGUUUAAUGGGCCCCGUUCUGCCUCCUGUUACUCACAUGCUGUCCUGCUAACUCACGCAGGCUUCCACUGUGAGCUCUGUGUAAGCCCCCCCCCCAGUGCAGCCAUAGCCAAUAGCCUGUAGCAUCUUGCUGCAGGCAUCCAAUGAGCUGCUGGCUGCCCUCCCCUUCCUUUCCUAUAGAGCUGUAGUCGGCAGGAUGGUAAUGGAGGACAUUCUGUCCCCCCUGAAGGUAUUUAAAGAACUGUACAGUACUGUAUGCGAUGUCACACAUCACAUACAAUACAUAUACACACAAUACACCCCAUACAUCAAUGUUUCCCUAUCAGUGUGCCUCCAGCUGUUGCAAAACUAUAACUCCCAGGAUGCCCAGACAGUCAAUGGCUGUACAUGCAUGCUGGGAGUUG